ACCAAACUUUCAAAAAGAGUUCCUCGCUCCUCCACCCCCUCAACCCCAAACCGAGAAGAACUCAGAAAUCUCUGUGCAGUAGACCCCAUCUCACCGAGCAGCGACGAGAGAAGAGCAACGAUAGCAGCAGCAGCAGCAGCAGCAGAUGGCCACCGCAGAGGAAGAGCUCCUGCAGGAGCUCAGGUCGAAAGCCACCGAGCUCUUCCUCCGCGAGCAGUGGGCCGAGUCGUCCGGCCUCUGCUCCCAGCUCAUCGACCUCUGCCGCGCCCACCUCUCGAUCGCCGACCGAGCCUCCGACCCGGACAGGUUCUCCAAGCUCCAGCGAUCCCUCUGCCUGGCCCUCGCCAACCGGGCCGACGCGGGGUCGAAGCUGAGGUCCCUCGACGGGGCGCUGAGGGACUGCGACGAGGCGCUCGCCAUCGAGAGCUCCCACUUCAGAGCCUUGGUCUGCAAGGGUAAGAUCUUGCUGAGCCUCGGCAGGUACUCGGCUGCCCUCGAGUGCUUCAAGUCGGCGGCUUCGCUGGAUCCUCAGGGGAACGGGAACGCCGAGAGUCUGAAUGUGUGGUUGGAUAAGUGCAAGAAGCUCGAGUACCAAUCCCGGACCGGCAACUUCGAUCUCUCCGACUGGGUCUCGGCCGGGUUCCGAGGAGAAAUUCCUGAACUCGCGGAGUACAUCGGGCCAGUGGAGAUCAAGAAAUCGGAGAUCAGCGGGAGGGGGCUGUUCGCCACGAAGAACAUCGACGCCGGGACUGUGGUGCUGGUCACCAGAGCGAUCGCAAUAGAGAGAGGGAUAGUGGGGGGCGAAGUUCCGGGUUCAGGUGAGAACAAGCAAUUGGUCAUGUGGAAGAAUUUCAUAGAAAGAGUGGCUGGCUGCGUUUCGAGAUGCCGCAGAACCCGUCACCUGAUCAGCACUCUGUCUUCAGGGGAAGAUGAGGAGGGUCUCGAGGUUCCGGAUCUGAGCAUUUUCAGGGCAGAGGCAAGCGAGAGCCAUGACUACCCAGAUGAGAAGCUUGACAUGAACAAGAUUUUGGGCAUUCUAGAUGUGAACUCUCUCGUGGAGAACGCGAUCUCAGCUAAGGUCAUGGGUAGGAACAAGGACUACUAUGGCGUCGGGCUGUGGCUCCUCGCUUCUUUCAUCAACCACUCGUGUGGUCCCAACGCGAGGAGGCUCCACGUGGGGAAUCACCUGAUGGUCAUCGCCUCGCGGGACAUAAGAGCCGGGGAAGAGCUGGCAUUCGCCUACUUCGACGUGCUGCAGCCGCCCACGAAGCGCCGCGAGAUGGCGGCCGCGUGGGGGUUCGAUUGCUCCUGCAAGCGGUGCGAGUUCGAGGAGAAGAUGCAGUCAAAGCAAGAACUGAGGGACACCGAGACGGCACUCGAAGGCGGGAUGGAUGCGGGAGGGGUCGUGUACAGAUUGGAGGAAGGCAUGAGGAGGUGGAACGUGCGGGGAAAAGAGAAGGGGUACCUGAGGGCCUCGUUCUGGGCCGCGUACGGCGGGACGUACGCGUCGGAGAAGUCGGCCAAGAGGUGGGGGAGGCGGAUUCCGGCGGCGGAGGCCGUGGUGGACAGCGUCGCGGAAGCGGCGGGAAGCGACGAGAGGGUGUUGAAGGUGUUGGUGGAGCAACUGAGCAGGAGCGGUGGCGGACUUGGCGGUGGGGCGAUGGUGGAGAUGGAGAAGGCACUGAAAUUGGGAAGAGGAAUACAUGGGAAGGUGAUCAAGAAGCAAGCAUUGAGGGCUCUGCUUGAGCUUUGAACAUUUUGGAAAUCAUCAAUACAUUAGAGAACCCCUCUUUUCAUUUUCUCUUUUUGUUCUCUCUCUUUUUUUUCAAUUUUUUUUCCAACUGUCUUAUGUUGGACAAAGAGAUGUGAUUUCUUGAUUCAUGUCUUUUCGAGCAAAAGUGCCAAUUGAGAAUAAAUAUUUCAUUCAAGCGAGC